CAUGCGUGAAAGGGCUAAAUUAACAACCAGAAUUCUGUGUUAAUGUGUCCAAAUGGAUGCUUAGCUCAUACCAGUUGUCUCCAUUUUUUUCGCAGUUGUGCCUCUGAAAUCUACCUCUUAUCCAAAGAGGAAUAUGACUAAUAUAUGAAGUUUUCACAGUAUGUUUAUACUCCAUUAUUGUCUUUAUGAAGUUUAAUUUGUGUGCAUUGGUUUCAGCAUCUUUAUUUCUGUGAAUGUGUGUGUAAAGAUUAAUUUGUGUUUGUGCUAAUGUUCCUAUUCUGUUAUGUGUGAGUGAGUUUAUGCAUGUUCUCUGUGUGUAAGUCUGGUCAUUUGUAGCCGGUCGCCUUGGUAUAUGGGAACAAAGGGAUUUGGGGAGCUGAGAGCAGAGGCAUCCGGUGUGUGUGGUGAUGCAUGCCCUCGAGAACCCUGGAUGUGGGUAAGCGACGCUGCGGUUCCACAUUCCCCUAAACAAGACGUGAUGUCAGAGAAUGACUCACGGCAGUUAAGUCGAAGUUUGUGGACUGUGACCUGGGUCUAUCCCAUGGGGUGACUCUCAAGAAAACACAGGAGGCCUGAGUACAGAGGAAACAGAGGCAGGGAAAGGGAUGAGAGAAGAAAAGGAGAAGGGAGGGUGUGAGAGUAGGAGAGAGGGGUGAGUGGGAGAGAAACAGAGAGACGGGGGUGAGGGAGAGAGAGAGAUGAAAAAUGUCCCAGAUUCCCAUGGUAUUUAUUAGACAGUGAAACAAAACUAAACGGAAGGACAUUGUGCAGGAGACAGUGUUCUGGGAAUGAGUGAUUCUUUGAAUGGAGGAAACUCCACUUGAAAUAUUUCAUAAGUUACCUCUUUUCAACUUCCGCCACAUCAGAGCUUGGGAAAAAGAAGUUUUUUUUUCUUUUAACUGUGUUGCCACUGAAGUAUCAGCGCAGAUUUUUGUGUAGCUGAAGAGGGAGACUUGGCCAUCGUCCUGUACAUGCGGUGUUUGGACAACCCUGAGCCUUUCACCAGUACAGCGCGCGAGAGAGAUGUACCUGUACAAAGCUUCAUGCGCUGAUAUCCCAACACCCAAACCAAAAGGGGUCCAGAAGCAGGACCGACCUCUCUCCAAGCUUCAGAGGCCUGUCGGGAGGGCAUACCCCCCCACAGUGUGUUGGGGUGGGCUGAAGCCCAGCAACCAUCUGGAGAUGAAACAUCUGGAGGAGUUCCUCAGCAUGCAUGGGCUGUCGCUGCAUGACUCUGUGCGAGCCACAAGCAGGAUGGUAUACAGGAACCUUGGAAAAUCAGGACUGCGGGUGUCAUGUCUAGGGCUGGGUACCUGGGUAACUUUUGGAGGUCAGAUUUCAGAUGAGGUCGCUGAGCAGCUCAUGACUAUCGCCUAUGAAAGUGGGGUCAACUUGUUUGACACAGCGGAGGUUUAUGCUGCUGGAAGAGCUGAGGUAAUUCUGGGCAAUAUCAUCAAGAAAAAGUGCUGGAGGCGAUCCAGUCUUGUCAUCACUACUAAGCUGUACUGGGGAGGAAAGGCAGAGACUGAGAGAGGGCUCUCCAGGAAGCACAUCAUUGAAGGACUCAAAGGCUCCCUCCAGAGGAUGCAGUUGGAAUAUGUGGAUGUGGUCUUUGCCAACCGGCCAGACAACAACACACCGAUGGAGGAGAUCGUGAGGGCCAUGACCUACGUAAUAAACCAAGGCAUGUCCAUGUACUGGGGCACAUCGCGAUGGGCAGCUAUGGAAAUCAUGGAGGCGUACUCUGUGGCCCGCCAGUUCAACAUGAUCCCACCUGUGUGUGAACAGGCAGAGUACCACAUGUUCCAGAGGGAGAAGGUGGAGGUGCAGCUGCCUGAACUCUACCACAAGAUUGGUGUCGGUGCCAUGACGUGGUCUCCUCUAGCCUGCGGCAUCAUCACUGGAAAGUAUGAGAAUGGAAUUCCGGAAGCUUCCAGGGCCUCCAUGAAGUCGUACCAGUGGCUCAAGGACAAGAUAGUGAGCGAGGAUGGCAGGAAGCAGCAGGCCAAGCUGAAGGAGCUUGCUCAUGUUGCAGAGAAGCUGAGCUGUACUCUGCCUCAGCUGGCUGUGGCCUGGUGCCUCCGGAAUGAGGGUGUGAGCUCUGUGCUCUUGGGAACCUCAAACCCAGAACAGCUGACGGAGAACCUGGGGGCGAUACAGGUCCUCCCAAAGAUGACCUCUCAUGUGGUGUCUGACAUCGACCACAUACUGGGAAACCGGCCCUACAGUAAGAAGGACUACCGCUCGUAGAGUCCGUGUGAUGGGGGUCCAGGAGGCUCAGGGUGGGGGCCUACACCUGGGUGGCCACACACAGACCCCGCCCCCGGCUUCCUGGCCCAGCAUCUAAAGUGGAUUUUUUUUCCGUUACCCUAACUGCAUGCCUGCGCAGAAAAUGUGUGCCUGAACUAUUUCUGUAGCACAUCGGAUGAAGAUCCAAGGAAGACAUAGAAUUUGAAACACUUUCUGUACCUCAGUACAUUACAGUAGGUUAACCCGUAAAGCCGCAUUUGCUAUCCUGACCCCAGCGCUCUUGCUCGAUCUGCAGCCGCGUGACGUAGUGCGAGGGGAAAGGGGAAAGGCCGUCACCAGUCUGGGAGGGCGGAGUCAGCUCCCAGCGUCCUGCUCAGUGCAGACGGAAAACCGCAGCUUUGCUUUAGUAACCCUGAAGGACGCAACCCCUUCGUUUGCAUCUGUAGGAGAGAAUGCGGCCUCCUCUUUGCCUGUGUAUUUUAAUCGCCUUGAAUGCUAAUGUUCAUCUGAAUGCUGUAGCUGCUACAUGUUGAUCCGAGACCAAGGUUGGUGACUGUGUGUGACCAGAGGGCUGAGGUAUCAAUCCUAUAUAUAUAUAAAUAUAUAUACAUAUAAAUAUAUAUAUAAAUAUAAGAUGUACUCAAGUUUGUAUUUUAGGUGAGAACUUUAUGUUAAACGAUGUAAAAUAUCCCAAGCUGACCUCAAAGCCUUCCCGCAGAUUAAAUGUAUAUUGUAUAUAUUUUGAAAAAAUAUAUAUGUACAGAUUCCUCCUAUCAACUGCACAGUGACAACUUGUAAGACGAUGUAUCCUCUCGGUCCCGUGGGCUUUUCCCACCACCCCCGGCGUUUGUGACGUCUGCCAUGGGGUAAGGGGGCCAUGAGCUGAGCUGAUGAGCACGACGACGAGAGAGAAUCCUACAGUACAGCAUUUCCCGACCCGGGUGCCGGGGUGGUCCCCGAGAACCAGGCCGGGAAAAGCUGCUAUAGGAUGUGCAGGACGGCAAGCCGAACUGCUGCCACCUGCGUUCCAGUUAUCUGAGCACCCGGUUACCAGUGGCAGUAGCACUGCAUCACAAACUUGUCUUCAUCUCAUCUGCACAGCCUCAGAUUUGACUCAAAUAUCUCACAACCGCGAUGCCCGUCUUUUUCGCUCCUUUAGUUAACCUUCAGCUUCUUUGGAAAAGGUCAGGUCUGAGUCAAACGCAGGUUUCCUUUCACCCUCCGUGCUGAGUGCCUUGACAGUGCAGAUGACCGCCAGUGAUCGUAAUGUUUGGCUCCGGGCUACAUCCUUUGAUUCACCAGACUGUAAAUUGCUGAAAUAUAUUUAUUAAUCCUCUAUGUUUUCUACAAUUUGUACAAGUGUAUGAUGGAAGAAGAAAUGUUUACUUUCCAAGCUGGGUCGUCUCAUCAGGAUCUCUAAACCACAUUUUGCUUCUAAGAAAACCAAAUGUAAAUAUAUACAUAUUUCUGUUUAAAUAAAUAGAGAUGAUGCGU